AUGGCGGAGGAGGAGCGACGUUUGGCGGAGGAGGAGCGAUGGUGGGCGGCCGAGGAGCGACGUUUGGCGGAGGAGCGACAGAGAAACCCUAAUAAUAUGUCUGGCUUAGUUCAUCAAUCUUACACAUUCUAUGGAAGUACUGCAGCCAUUAAUGGAGAAUUUGAAGAGAGUACUGAAAGCCCAGAAAAGAAAGGGCAUUUUGCUGGAAGUUCAUCUAAUUCGUCUUCUCUUUCUAGUCCGGGAAGUGCUACAAAUUCCGGUGGGUUUCUUUACCGGACCACCACAAAUCCUCAUCAACAACAACAACAACCAGAAGAAGGUCAUUCGGUUAUAAGCUUCAAGCCUGGCUACUACGAUAACAAUUUCAUGCAAGGUGGUAGUAAAGGCUCAUGUUUCCUUAGUUUUGAAGAAAUUAACGAUGAACAACCCUAUUCGAGUACUUUGAGCCCUGAUCAGCUGAUGAAUCUAGGGUCUGGUUCUUUCGAUAGCUUCCGAUUGUUGGAAAAUAUGAACUGCAUUCAAAGUGGUGGUACUACUACUAUCAAAGAAAAUAGUCACAAUGAGGAAUUAGAAUCAUUUUCAUGGCCAAAUCCUUCCUCUAAUGAUCAUCUUGCAACACAAGAUCAUCAAUCAUCUUUCCAUAAGCGAACUCAUUCGGGAGAGAGUGAGCAAGCAUUCAAGAAACAAUGUAACGCCAACAGUAUUGCAACAAAGAAGACUAAGCAAAAGUCAACUCAACCCAAGGAUCCACAAAGUAUUGCAGCCAAGAAUCGAAGAGAACGAAUCAGCGAGCGGCUAAAAGUUCUUCAGGAUCUGGUGCCAAACGGUUCCAAGGUUGAUUUGGUUACCAUGUUAGAGAAAGCCAUUAGUUAUGUCAAGUUCCUUCAGCUGCAAGUGAAGGUGUUGGCAACUGAUGAGUUCUGGCCAGUGCAAGGUGGAAAACCACCUGAGCUUUCACAAGUAAAAGAUGCCAUUGAUGCUAUACUUUCAUCUUCCCAAAGAGACAGAAGUUCAAGCUCUAAAUGA